AUGGGCCCGCAAGGCCCGGAUCGGCCGCCCGCGGCGACCCCCGACGCCUCCACCGCGCCGGGGAUGAGGGAUCCCCGGCCACCGGCACGCUUGCGCGACUACGCGCGAGCCGGAGCAGGCCUCGCGCCACCACGCAAAGUCCACAGCCCGCGCGGCCCGGAUCCGGGCCCGUGCCGCCGGCGCAAGAAGAACGCAGCGCGCCCGCGCCUGCCGACCCCGUCGCCCAGCCCGAAGCCCCCCACCACCACGCCGACGCCCACCCGAGGCCACACACGACCACCGCAGGCGCGGCCGCCGUAUCCCGAGGCCGCUCCCCGGCGCCGGACCGAAGUCGCCCGCUCGCUUGAGCGCGACCCGACGCUCGCUUGA